AUGCCUCUCCAUCUCCUCAGCAAGAAAUCGUGGAACGUCUACUCCCCUGCGAACAUCGAGCGUGUCAAGCGUGAUGAAGCCAAAGCCCGCCGUCGAGCCACCGAACAAGAAAAGCGCAGUCUGAAGCAGGAGGCGGGUGAUCGACUGUCUACUUUACAACAACAGAGCAAGAACCAGAGCAGAAGCUUGAAACGCAAGCUGCCGGGAGAAGAUGAUACGGAUCGCGAUAUUCGACUUGCCCUGGAAAAUUCACCCGUGUCCGCCAACAAAGAGAAGCAAGACUACGGUUCCCUCGUUGAUGCGCAUGGGCAUAUCUCUCUAAUACCUGCACCCGAGAAACGAUCUUGCGUCGAUCAAGAAGAAGCAAAAGAUCCGUACACCGUCUACCUCACCGACGCCACUGGCAAAAGAGAUCGAUCUAAAGACACGUGGUAUACGUCUAUCCAGCUAGACCGAGAAAAAUGGGGUGAGGAUAACCCCCGGAAACAGGAACGAGAACUCGCACGGCUCAAUGCAAACGACCCUCUCGCGGCCAUGAAGAGAGGGGUCAAAGCUCUCAGGGAGAAUGAGAGACAGAGACAGGAGUGGAUGAGGGAGCGCGAAAGGGAUCUAGAAGAGGUCGAAGAGAUGGGGAAGCAAAGACACGACAGAAAGCGCAGAAAGAGAGCAGGCCAUAAUGAAGACGACUCGGAGAGCCUGGAAGGGUUCAAUCUAGAUGAUGGACACGCGAAAUUGGAAGUUACUGAGCAUCAUCGGGAUGGAAAGGGCGAAAAUCGACAUGGGCAUCACCAUAGCCACCACCACCAUCAUCAUCAUCGGCAUAGACGAUGGCAUCGAGAUUACGAAGCUAUAGAAGAUAGCCAGGACCAUCACAAAAGGCAUGGACACCAUGGAGGAGACGAUACCAACAGAGCCAAGAGCAGAGAAACCGAGGAAACCUGA